UUUAGUCAUCGUUUAAACUUCAAACACAAAAACAGUCUAUUCUUCUUCACCUAACUAAAGUCUGCAUUCAAAUCUUGAAUAUGGAUUCAUCAUUUAUGCACUACCAGAACCCAUAUGAUCAGAAUUACUCACCCGAAUCAUCUUCAUGGGAUGAGCUUCUUUUUCAUCAGAAUUCUCUUCCAUUUAACGUUAAUGACACCGAAGAUAUGUUCCUUUGUAAUCUUGUCGCCGAGGGUGACCGUAUUGUUGUUAAAGAAUCAUCAACAGAAACAAUAAACUCUUCCUCUAGCUCCGGCACAAAGGAAGAAGAGGUAACUUCCUGCGAACCCGAAAAGGAAAAGAAUUACAGAGGUGUAAGGAAGAGGCCAUGGGGUAAAUUUGCUGCUGAAAUAAGGGAUUCAACGAGGAAUGGUGUGAGGGUUUGGAUAGGAACAUUUGAUAGUGCUGAAGCUGCUGCUUUGGCUUAUGAUCAAGCUGCAUUUGCAAUGAGGGGUUCAUUGGCAAUACUUAAUUUUCCUGUAGAGAUAGUGAAAGAGUCUUUAAGUGAAAUGAAGUGUAGAUUUGAUGAGGGUUGUUCGCCAGUGAUUGAGCUUAAGAAGAAACAUUCUAUGAGGAAAAAGACUCAGAGCAGAAGAAACAGAGUAAGAAAAGAUGAGUCUAAUGUUGUGGUAUUUGAAGAUUUGGGUGCUGAGUAUUUGGAGGAAUUAUUGAGUUCCUCGGAAUGUGUUACAAAUUGGUGACUAUCUUUCUUGUUUAUUCCUAGAUUUUCUUAAAGUUGCACCACUUCUCCCCUCUUCCUCAGUAGCAAAAUGCUACUCUGCUCUGUAUUUAUCAUCUUGAUUUAGGCCUUCAUUUGUUGAUGACUUAUUUAAUUUAUGCUUCUUUUCUACAGCCAAAAGGGCUAAUGUUUCUUGUUCUGUUUUUCUUCUC